GAGCCUGAGAGCAACAACUUUCUGACACAGAAUGGAGAGGAGCUGACGCACCGUUAUUACAGGACUGUUAACUUUCCCUCACAAGGCUAGACUCAUGCCUUUGCAGCUUAAAAGUGGAACGACACCACAACUAUUACUGAAACUUCAUCUAUUUUAAACAGUUUUACCACUUUAAGGUGUUCUUUUCUUCUUUUUGUCUUUUUGGACACUUUGACCGCGCUAUUACGCACGAUGCGCAAAGGGAUGGCUGCACAUCGGAAACUACGCAAAACGGGAAUUCAACAUGUUUUCUACGUCUGUCUGUCUUUUUCGGUGGCCUUUUCUUAUAACAUAGACCUAGAACAUCCUUUGGUGUUCCGCGGACCUAAUUCUAGUUUCUUUGGCUAUUCUGUUUUGGAGCACUAUCAUGACAACACGAGAUGGGUAAUAGUAGGGGCUCCGCGGGCGAACUCUACCUACAGUAGUUUUGUGCAGUCUCCAGGAGCUGUGUACAAGUGUCGAGUUCACAGCAAUCCCGAGCGCCGCUGCACAGAGAUGAACAUGGACAGAGGAAACAGGCCCAGGGAGUCGUGUGGAAAGACGUGCCAAGGCGAUCGGGACGACGAGUGGAUGGGGGUUAGUCUGGCUCGACAGGACAAAACCAAUGGCAAAAUCCUGGCCUGUGCUCACCGGUGGAAGAAUGUUUAUUACGAGUCAGAGCACAUCUUACCACAUGGAUACUGCUCCAUCAUCUCUCCCAAUCUACAGGGCAAAACCAAGCCACUCAUCCCCUGUUAUGAAGACUAUAAGCAGAAAUAUGGGGAAGAGCACGGCUCAUGCCAAGCCGGGAUCGCUGGCGUAUUCACGGAGGAGCUGGUGGUGAUGGGGGCUCCCGGGUCGUACUAUUGGACGGGCACCAUCAAAGUGUACAAUUUGACCUCUGACACCUUCUAUAGCCCAAACCAGGAAGAAGUGGACUCGCACAGAUACAGCUACCUUGGCUACGCUGUGACUGCAGGACAUUUCUCCUCUCACAAUGUGAUCGACAUCGCAGCCGGGGCGCCCCAGCACAGCGGCAGUGGCAAAGUUUACAUUUUCAAAAUCGAUGGAGGAUCUUUGGUGAAGACUUUUCAAGCCUCAGGGAAAAUGAUGGGAUCGUACUUCGGCUCCGCAUUGUGUGCUGUGGAUCUGAACCAGGACGGCCUGUCAGACUUGCUGGUGGGAGCACCAAUGCACAGCCAGCUCCGGGACGAGGGCCAAGUGUCUGUGUACCUCAGCAAAGGCAAUGGUGUGAUGGAGGAGGGUGGCGUGUUGGCCGGAGACAACGCGUACAAUGCACACUUUGGGGAGAGCAUCGCGGCGAUCGGGGACAUAGACGAUGAUGGUUAUCAAGAUGUAGCCAUUGGAGCCCCAAAAGAGGACGACUACAGUGGAGCAGUUUAUAUCUAUCAUGGAGAUGCCACAGGGAUUAUUAAAAAGUACUCCAUGAAACUGUCCGGGCGCAGAGUGGACCCUGGUCUGCAGAUGUUUGGCCAGUCCAUCUCUGGCACAGUGGACAUGGAUGCCAACGGAUAUGCAGAUGUCACUAUUGGCGCGUUCAUGUCAGACAGUGUAGUGCUUCUAAGGUCCCGUCCGGUCAUCACAGUGGACGUCUCCAUUCUGCUGCCUCAGUCCAUCAACAUCUCUGUCCCCCAGUGUCACGAGGGAAACAACCACAACCUCAAUUGCUUUAACGUCAUUGUCUGCAUGCGUUUCCGCGGGAGACAGCUGCCCGGCCAAAUAGAGCUGCUGUACAACCUGACUGCAGACGCCGAUAAGAGACAGAAGAGCCAGCCUUCUCGAGUCUACUUCUUUCAGAGCGGGUCUCAGGUCUCCCAGCUGAGCCAACAGCUGAGCCUGGACAUCAACAGGGGGCAGUGCCAGCACUACACCGCCUAUGUGAAGAAAGAUGUGAAGGAUGUGUUCACGGCCAUCUCGUUUGAAGCGGCGUACAGUUUGGGGCGCCAUGUUGUCUCCGGACAUCAGGACAAAGACCUGCCCUCACUCACUCCUGUUCUGAGAUGGAGGAAAGGGAACAAAAUAGCUGCAAAGAAUGAGACUUAUUUUGAGAAGAACUGCUUGUCUGAUGAUUGUGCUGCGGACUUGAGACUUCACGGGAAAAUGUACCUCUCUGGAGUCCAUAUUAGGCCCCAUUUAGCCCUGGGAGGAGUGAGGAACAUCUCUUUGAAUCUGACCAUUGCUAACAUGGGAGACGACGCAUACGACACCAACAUUUACUUUAACUUCUCCAGAGAGGUUUUCUACAUCAACUUCUGGCAAAAGGAAGAAAAGGGCAUUUCCUGUGCACUUGUUGACUUGGACUUCCUCAAAUGCAGCGUGGGAUUUCCCUUCAUGAGAGCUCAGACCAAGUAUCAUUUUGCAGUGAUUUUCGACACCAGUCAGCUCUCAGGAGAAAAUGACACCCUGCAGUUUUUAGUUCAAGCUAAAAGUGCUAAUCCUGAGCACAAACUUCAUGACAACACAUUGGACCUGUCCAUUCCUCUUGUUCAUGAGACUGACACUACCAUUACUGGUGUGGUGGCACCGAGCUCAUUCAUUUAUGGUAACACUGUGGAAGCCUCACGCUUUGUCCUGUUAGAAGACAUGGAAUGCCAAUUUCAACCUCUGAAUAUAACUUUCCAGGCCAUAAACAACGGGCCCAGUCGCCUCCCCGGCUCCACUGUGGACAUCCGGAUACCCAACCGUCUGGCUGGCAACGGGGCAGACAUGUUCCACAUCAUAGAGACACAGGUUGCAGAAGGCAGAGGGAAUUGCACCCCCCACAGAAACCCCACACCGUGCACCAUCCCACAGGACAGAGAGAGCAUUUUCCACUCGAUAUUUUCUUUCUUCACCAAAUCAGGUCGCAAAGUCCUGGAUUGUGACAGACCAGGAAGAGCUUGUAUGACGAUUACAUGCUCACUUGGUCCACAGCUGAAAGAGGAAGUAUUAAAUAUAGAUAUAAAACUUCUACUCAACACUGAAAUAUUAAAAAGGGACAGCUCGUCUGUGAUCCAGUUUGUGACAAGGGGCAGCGUUCAAAUCAGUCAGAGGGCUGUGGAGGUGCCAAAGGGGCUGCCAGAGGAGAUCUCAUUGAUCUUCGAGGCGCUGCACAGCCAGGAGCCCCGGGGGUACGUGGUGGGCUGGAUCAUCGCCAUCAGUCUGCUGGUGGGAAUCCUCAUCUUUCUACUACUCGCCGUGCUGCUGUGGAAGAUGGGCUUCUUCAGACGACGUUAUAGAGAAAUCAUUGAAGCUGAGAAGAACAGGAAGGACAGUGAUGAAAGCUGGGACUGGAUGGAGAAGAAUCACUGAGACUUAUAGACUUAUUGGGUCGAGAAGGAUCCAAUGGCAUCGGGUCUCACAGCCCAGCGCCCCCUGCAGUCUUCCAUAUGUGGAAGAGAGGAAUUUCUCCAUAUUUUUUGGAGGCUUUGUACUAUUUUCAUUGGAGUGGUGGGGGUCCAGGAAAGAGAAUUCUGAGGUGACAGUGCGUGACUUGCCAAAGAGGACACUUAAAGCUAAAAUAUCUCCAAGAAGAGGAACUCCCAGGACAGUCAAUGCCGGGACGUACUGAACUGAGAUGGGGGAACAAAAACAACUUGAUGUAGUGGACAACAAUACCCUCAGGGCUGUGUGACAGAGCAAUUUUAUUUUUUUACUUUCACUUAAAGCCAUAUGAUGCAAAAGAGGGCUUCUAGAGGAGUUGGCAACCCUGUCACUGGUAUGUUUUUGUAGCACUGAUGUUUGAUAAAAUGGCUCAUAGUUUUACGUUUUGCCAAAGAUAUGUCCUGUUCAGAUCGUGAUUGACGCCUGUGUAUAUUCAGGCAUUUCCGGGAUUGUCCGAUAGUAUCUUUCCUGUAUCAUUUCCUGCCUAUGCAUAUCUUGUUUUAACUCAUCUGUUCAACUCCCCACCGCUCCAAGAUAAUUCUGUGUUUUUCACCUACACAGCUAUUGAAACAUCAUGUCUUAUGUCAUCAGUCAGGAGCUCCCAGUAAAAA